AAAUAACUGAACCGCGCACGAGCUUGCUUUAGUCUGACCGUUUUCUUAGCAGGAGUUUGAUCAACAGUGUUUCACCAGCUCUUUCCACGAUGCCGGAUUACAAGGUAUACUACUUCAAUGUGAAGGCUUUGGGUGAACCGCUGCGGUUCUUGCUGUCGUACGGCAAUCUUCCAUUCGACGACGUGAGGAUCACCCGCGAAGAAUGGCCAGCACUCAAACCGACCAUGCCGAUGGGUCAGAUGCCGGUGCUCGAGGUUGACGGCAAAAAAGUCCACCAGUCGGUCGCAAUGUCCCGCUACCUGGCCAAACAAGUCGGUUUGGCUGGGGCCGACGAUUGGGAGAACUUGAUGAUCGACACCGUGGUCGAUACUGUGAACGAUUUCCGUCUAAAAAUUGCCGUUGUGUCGUACGAACCGGAUGAUGAUAUCAAGGAUAAGAAGUUGGUAACGUUGAACAACGAGGUCAUUCCAUUCUAUCUGGAGAAGCUCGAUGAUAUUGCUCGCGAAAACGAUGGACACCUGGCCAAUUCUAAAUUGAGCUGGGCCGACAUUUACUUCACCGCAAUUCUGGACUAUCUGGGCUACAUGACUAAGUCCGAUCUGAUCGCAAAUCAUCCGAAUCUGCAGAGAGUUGUCGACAACGUAACUUCGAUCGAAUCCAUUCGCAACUGGAUCGACAAACGACCAAAGACUGAAACCAUGCCCAUGGGCCAGAUGCCAGUGCUGGAGGUCGACGGCAAACGCGUUCACCAAUCGCUGGCCAUGUGUCGUUUUGUGGCCAAGCAGACCAAUCUGGCCGGAGACAAUCCGCUAGAAGCGCUGCAAAUCGAUGCCAUCGUGGACACGAUCAAUGAUUUCCGCCUAAAAAUCGCCAUUGUUGCCUACGAACCGGACGACAUGGUGAAGGAGAAGAAAAUGAUCACUCUCAACAAUGAAGUGAUUCCGUUCUAUCUGACCAAGCUGAACGUGAUCGCCAAGGAGAACAAUGGACAUUUGGUGCUCGGCAAACCGACUUGGGCAGAUGUUUACUUUGCAGGCAUUUUGGACUAUCUCAAUUACCUUACCAAGACCAAUUUGCUUGAAAAUUUUCCGAACCUGCAGGAAGUGGUCAACAAGGUGCUGGACAACGAAAACGUUAAGGCAUACAUUGCCAAAAGACCCGUCACUGAAGUCUAAGCCGGUUUUAGUGAUCUUGCCAUACAUCAUUGCCUUCGCACAACUCACAAAAAAUGCUUCAUGGUGGAUCGAUUUUUCACUCAAAUUGGCGCUGAUAACGACAAAUCUGCAUAUUGGAUACAUCCGCUAAAUGUUACAAGGUCAGCGAUUGACUUUGGCGCGCGGUUCGCUCAUACCGCAACGAGUCUUAAUUCCUAGUCCGAACUCACGUGUUGACAACGAUUAUCUUUUAUCUUUGUUGUCCUCCCCAUGCAACAUUUACAUCGUAACAAUCAUUAUUCGGUCAUAAUAACUUAAACUUUAGCUUAAUUAGGCUUAAGGAUGAGAAUAAAUG